AUGGCGCAAACUACGAGCUCGUUGGCUCAUCAUCACCACGGAGGAAAACUUCUCCAAUCCACAGUUGAAGCGCUCACCUCCGACAAUAAUUCUUCUUCAACAUCAUCAUCACUAUUAUCUAGUUUGUGGAUGAAAUUUAUUCAAAUGGCAAAGUCGUUGAACAUUGGGCACUUUUAUUUGUUUUUGGGAAGUUUAGGAUUAGGAACCGUUUGGUAUACGAGUAUUAAUUAUUUUAUACAGAGAAGUUUUGUGAGCAAAUUAUAUAUUAGUAGCAACGAUGAGGCCUUUCAUUGGUUUAUGUUUUGGUUGGCUGAAAACAAGUAUAGCCAAGAAGCCAACCACUUUGCAAUUCUAUCUUCAAAAACUCAUGUGGAUUUUUCAAGCUUCAAACACAAUCCAUCGGAAAAGGAUAAACAUUCAAUUCCAAUCAAAUUCAUCCCAUCGCCGGGAGUGCAUUUUCUAAAGUACAAGGGAAAGAGCAUUAAAAUUGAGUACGAAAGAACACUUACACCAUCUUCCAACUCUGGUUCAAAUAAUGCAUCUCACAAUGAGCAGCUUAUUGUCAGUUGUCUAAGCACUUCUCCAACAUUUUUGAAAAACUUUAUUACAGAUUGUCAACAGAAAUAUUUAGAGUCCAAGCAUGGAAAAACAUUGAUUUAUCUACCUGAUGCUUAUUGCGAUUUUUGGGAGCCAAGAAUUUCAAAACUGAAAAGACCCCCAAAUACUGUUAAAUUGCAAUCCAACAUUUUUGAGAAGUUAUCGAUUGAUGCUAGAAACUUUCUUUCUCUGGAAAAAUGGUAUAAUGAUCAUGGAAUUCCUUUUAGAAGAGGUUACUUGCUGUAUGGGCCUCCUGGAACUGGAAAAACCAGUACUGUUACAGCUUUGGCAGGGGCUCUUGAUAAGAAUAUUUGCUGUAUUAACAUUAGUAACAAAAAUCUCAAUGAUGACAACUUGAACAGCCUUCUAUUGAACACCCCCUACAAUUCUAUUAUUUUAUUGGAGGAUAUUGAUGCAUGUUUCGCAACAGUGGAAUCAAAGAAGAGAACUGUACAUCCAUCACAGCUAAAGGCUGAACCUGAAGAAACUUCUGAAGUUGCAUCUCAAGGAACAUCAGGAUCUAACGUGACAUUGGGAGGUUUGUUAAAUUGUAUUGAUGGAGUUGUUGCGCAAGAAGGAAGAAUUUUGUUCAUGACUACCAACCAUAUCCAUCGCUUACCAGAUGCAUUAAUCAGGCCAGGUAGAAUAGAUGUCAAGUAUCUGAUUGAUUAUGCUGACGAAACUCAAACUAGAGAAUUGUUUCUCAAUUUUUAUCCUCGUGAGUUUGAACUAGCUGACAAGUUUUGUCAACAGCUCUUUUCUAGGGCCGACAAGGAGCAUCAACGACGAUUCACUUGCGCAGAAUUACAGGGCCACUUUAUGUCAUACAAGCAUGACCCAGCUUCUGCUGUUUCCAACACGCCAGAUCUCAUCAACUUUGAUCUUAGAAGAGGCUUGAAUGUGAUACCUCAUCAGAGCCAAGAAAAUGGAUCACAUUUCGGAUCACAAGCUGUACACGAAAAGGAGAUUUUUUGA